AUGUCUAUCAUCCAGCAGCACACGUCUGCCUCGCUUAGCGACGCAUGGCGCACGAUCAACAUCGAUGCCUUGCAGGAGGACUCAAGCCUCAACUUCGACACAUCGACGCUCCAUCCGCCGCUGCCCGAGGUCAGCGAGUCCGAGGUGCGCCAGCUCUCGGGCCAGGUUAGGCAGUUGCUCCGCGGCGGCGACUCAGAGGGGGCGCUGCGGGGGUGCCUCGAGAUGCCGGUAUACAACGGCAGCGAUAUGGUGAAGGAUGCGCAUCUGCAGACUGUCGUCGAGGUCCUGCAGUCGAUCAAGGCGAGCGAGAUGACGCCCAUGCUGCAGCGCAUCUAUGGGUCUCCCGGCGGAAGCGAACUGCUCGAUGUCCUGAUGAAAUACUUGUAUGUUUCUCACAUGGCUAAAGAAGCGGCUUAG